UCAAGUUUUAUCAUUCGCAGAGUGCUUUCGUGCUUACUUUAGAACGUAUUAGUAUAUUUAAAAUGUCAAAAAGUAACGUAAUUAUUUUGUUUGCAACAGUUCUAAUGUGUUCCGUAUCGAUUGAGAUAGUAAAUCCUAUGGAAGGCACUAUGAUUUUCUUAACAAAGGAUAUUAACGUGAAGCCAUCGCCUGUUCUUACAUUCGCAUCGACAAUGGAAAAUAUAAACGCAGCCGCCGUACAAGUGCCUCACACAGAGAUCCGAACAACGCGACCGUUGCCGAUACUACAAACAGUCUUGGUACCACCAGUAAACGAAGCCUUCAACAAGCCGGCUGUAGGUUCGCACACUAUUGAACCGACGCCAAAGCAAGCGCCCUUGAUAGAAGCUAGUGAAACAGUAAUGACAUUGGAACCAGUUAAAGCCAUAGCACCGACUCAAACUGUUAAAGUAGCCCCCACAAAGUCAUACGAAGAACUUUUAAGAGAUUUAAUCGCACUCAAGCAAUAAGAAUAUGAUGAAGGUUCUCGAAGUUGAAGAAUAAUGAAUACUUCCAAAUUUUCGACUGAUCGUCAUAUAAUCAAGUUUUGAGUACUUAAAAUAAAUUACAUAUAAUUAUAGACAAAAGGUUGUUAUGGAUAUAUCUAUUUCGCGUCGUAAGUGAGACAAUGCAUAGGAUUCCCCAUGUGACUGGAUAAACCAGUCUUAAAGGCUAUUUAAAUUAUUAUUUAUAAGAUGUUUUCGAACUCAUAUAUGGCGUGAAACUCGUCAUAGAAUAAGAAUACAACAUUGCGCAGAAACAGGUUCAAGAAAGGAUCGGACAAAGUUUGUGAAUUUAAAGUAUUGUUUGUUAUUAAGAUAUAUUAAAAAACCUUAGUCUCUUUUAUUUUUACAGUUGC